AUGCUGCUAAUUGAUAGCUUAUAUGUGAUUGAAGAGACUCCAUAUACAAGACUUUGCAGCACUAAGAACAUUUUGACCGUAAAUGGACAAUUUCCAGGACCAAGUGUACACAUCCGUCAAGGAGAUACAGCCAUUGUUCAUGUCCACAACAAGGGAAACCAAAACAUCACUAUUCACUGGCAUGGAUUGAAACUGCCAAGGAAUCCAAGGGCAGACGGUCCCGUGUACAUCACUCAGUGCCCUAUCAUGUCUGGAAAAUCUUUUAUCCAAAAUAUUGAGGUAACUGAUGAGAUUGGAACAUUAUGGUGGCAUGCUCAUAGUGAUUGGCCUACCACCAAAGUCCAUGGUGCUUUUAUUGUUUACCCGAAGAGAGGAGAAAACUAUCCAUUUCCCCAGCCUCAUGCUGAAUUCCCUAUCAUCUUAGCAGAAUGGUGGAAGAGCGAUGUACAAACGGUUCUUUCCGAAUUCCUGAGUAAUAAUGGAGGAGGCCCGAAUGUAUCUGAUGCUUUCUUGAUAAAUGGGCAGCCUGGGGAUCUUUAUCCAUGCUCAAAACCAGAUACCUUUAAGCUAGCAGUGGAAUACGGCAAAACUUAUUUGCUCCGGAUGAUCAAUACUGCCAUGAACAACAUUCUUUUCUUUUCCAUUGGAAAGCAUCAAGUUACUGUGGUAGGAUCAGAUGGAAGCUAUACAAAGCCAUUCAAGAGUGAUUAUAUUGCUAUAUCCCCUGGACAAACUAUUGACUUCUUGUUAGAAGCCAAUCAAGCACCUGAUCACUGCUACAUGGCUGCUAGGGUUUAUAACAGCGCGUUAAUUGUCCCUUUCGACAACUCUACCGCAACUGGAGUCAUAGAAUACCACGGAAAUUAUAUUCGAUCUUCACCACUAUCCUUCCCAAAUCUUCCAUUUUGAAAUGAUACAAAAGCAUCAGUUAACUUCAUAGGAGGUCUAAUAAGCUUAGCAAGUAAAGUAGAUGUUCCAUCAGAUGUGGACACUAAGCUUUUCUUGACGCUUUCCCUCAAGUUACGCCUUUGUGAGGCAAACAAUACUUGUGCUGGACCUGCCGGUCUCAGAUUUGCAGCGACCCUUCUGAUGAUGUCGGGCAUGAGGGUUUUGAUCUUACAAGUUGUCGUGUUUCUUCUUUUGGGUGGUCUUUUACCUACCCAAGCUUUGAUCCAUAGAUAUAAGUUCGUGGUAAAAGAAGCUCCAUAUACAAAACUAUGCAGCACCAAGAACAUUUUGACAGUAAAUGGUCAAUUUCCUGGACCAACUCUACGCCUUCGUCAAGGAGAUACAGCCUUUGUUCAUGUACACAACAAGGGAAAAGAAAACAUCACCAUUCACUGGCAUGGAGUAAAGCAGCCAAGAUUUCCAUGGUCAGAUGGUCCAGAGUAUAUUACUCAGUGCCCUAUGAGGCCAGGAACAAAGUUCACCCAAAAGAUUGUGCUGUCUGAUGAGAUUGGAACGUUGUGGUGGCAUGCUCACAGUGACUGGUCUCGAGCAACAGUUCAUGGUUUACUUCUUGUUUAUCCAAAGAAAGGGACUAGUUACCCAUUGGGGUUUCCAAAGCUUCAAGCAGAAGUGCCCAUGAUUUUAGGAGAAUGGUGGAAAAGUGAUAUACAGGAGGUUCUUAGCGAGUUUUCAAGCAGCGGGGGAGAACCAAAUGUCUCUGAUGCUUUCCUAAUAAACGGUCAACCUGGUCUUCUGUAUCCAUGCUCAAGACAAGACAGUUACAAGUUGACUGUGGAUUAUGGCAAGACUUACUUACUUCGAAUGGUUAAUGCUGCCAUGAACAACAUUCUUUUCUUUUCCGUAGCAAAGCAUCGGAUUACUGUUGUGGGAUCAGACGGAAGCUACACAAAGCCUUUAAAUAGUGGUUACAUUGCAAUAUCCCCCGGCCAAACCAUUGAUUUCCUGCUACAUGCCAAUCAAUCACCUAAUCUCUACUACAUGGCAGCUAAAGCUUAUAAUAGUGCCAGCUCUGUUACAUUCGACAACACAACCACCACAGCCAUUCUCGAAUACCGUGGAAAUUAUACUCCACCUUCAUCUCCAUCUUUCCCAAAUCUUCCGACUUUUAAUGAUACAAUUGCAUCAGCUAAUUUCACAGGGAGCCUUAGAAGCUUAGCGAGUAAAGAAUUCCCUGUUGAUGUCCCAAAAAAUGUUACCACUAAUCUUUUCUUUACACUCUCCAUAAAGUCACUUCCUUGUGAAACAAAUAACACCUGCAAGGGACCUCGAGGCAAUCGAUUCGCGGCAAGUGUAAAUAACAUGAGCUUUGUCAGCCCGAAGAUUGACAUACUUCAGGCUUACUAUAAUCAGAUCAAUGGAGUGUAUAAACCUAAUUUUCCUAGCUUCCCACCUUUGGUAUUCAAUUACACUGCAAGUAACAUUUCGGUUUCCCUACAAACGCCUACUCGAACAACCAAAGUGAAGGUUCUUGAGUAUAACUCGCAUGUGGAGCUUGUUUACCAAGCCACUAAUUUGGUAGCAGGAGUUGAUCAUCCCAUGCAUUUACAUGGACAUAGUUUUUAUGUUGUUGGAUGGGGAUUUGGAACCUUUGACAAGGACAAAGACCCUAAGAACUAUAACCUUGAGGACCCUCCUUUGAUGAAUACAAUUGCAGUUCCGAAGAAUGCCUGGACAGCCAUAAGAUUCAAGGCAAAUAACCCUGGAGUGUGGUUGAUGCAUUGCCAUUUUGAACGUCACAUAAGCUGGGGGAUGGAAAUGACCUUCAUUGUUAAAAAUGGAAAGCGUCCGCAGGAAAAAUUGCUGCCUCCACCUCGCGACAUGCCACUUUGCUAAUGUUGCUUAGACAAAAUAUUACAAGUCUUGGACUACUACGGUUUGCAGCGGCUCUAAAGUCAGCUUGUCAAUGAGACACAAAAUAAUGUAAACCUAGUUUCUUUCUUCAGUAUUUGCGAGG